AUCGCACGCAUCCGUGCCCGGGGGUCCACCUUCAUGCAUAAACAUUGCGCAAAGUUCUGCCCCAUCUCACCGCCGCUACCGUCCCUUAACACCGCUGCUGGCGAGAUCCAGAGGACGGCGGUGGGGACAGACUUAGACGCGGGGCUGCAAAGUGAGAAGGAGGAGGAGACACCGCUGACUCAUCACGAAUCGGGGUGUCAACCCCAGACGGACCAUCAGUCUCUCGGACAGGGCCACCACCUCCACCAUCAACGCAGAAGCGCGUCUACCCCACCCCCCCGUCCGGCACAAGCCGUCAAGGAGGCAAAGCGGACCUUCCAUCCUUCCCUCCCACCACGACUGCUGCUUGCUGCUCUAUAGCCCCGUGGCCGUGACACUCGCGGAUGAACCAUGUCUAGGACGCGAUGCUCUUACUCGCGGCACUCGUGGCUACUGCUGCACGUGGCCGUGAUUCUCCUGCACGCGCUCUCGACGAGCCUUGCGCAGCCCCCGCCCCGCGGUUCCCGUCCCGGCCAAGGUGCCCAAGGGACUUCGGGUCCUCCUGGGCCCUCGGGCGUUCCGGGCAUUGACGGAGUGGACGGUGAACGUGGACCUCAAGGGCUUCCCGGACCGCUGGGACCGAAAGGAGACCCGGGUGACCCGGGCUUGGAAGGCCCGAUCGGCCUCCCAGGAUUCCCUGGGGUCGACGGAUUAACCGGCCCCCAAGGCAAUAUUGGUCGUGCCGGUCCUGCAGGCGCCAAAGGUGAUCCAGGUCUGGCCGGCCCACCUGGAGUCCCAGGCGAAGGCAUUGUUGGACCGCCCGGACCUGCUGGAUUGGGCGGCCUUCCCGGAGAGAUUGGGAGACCUGGGCAGAUUGGUGAGAUUGGGCCUCAAGGACAACCUGGCCCUCCCGGGCUGCCAGGGCCCAGGGGUCUUCCUGGGAUUCUCCAAGGAGAUGGCAGCGGGGAUAUCCAGUGUCCAUCGUCCUGUCCCGCCGGGCCCCCUGGCCCUCCUGGGCUGCCGGGGAUGAAGGGUCACAAAGGGUUCAAAGGUGAAUUUGGAGAUCCUGGGAAGCAAGGUCACAAGGGAGAAGAGGGCCACCAGGGACCGUCCGGCCAAUCUGGCCCACAAGGCCCAGAGGGACCUUCAGGGCUGCGAGGAUUUCCCGGAAUGAUGGGAUCAAAAGGCGAAAGGGGUAUCUCUGGGUUCGACGGAGUGCCCGGACCUCCUGGUCCACAAGGGGAGCCGGGAGAGGAGGGCCCCAGGGGACCGAUCGGGGAGGUCGGACCCAAAGGCAUCAUCGGCUUGGCUGGAUCGCGAGGAAAAACCGGGAUCCCCGGCUCGAAGGGCGAGGCGGGUGUCCCUGGGAUUGACGGCCGAGAUGGAACCCCUGGCAUGCCCGGGAUGAAGGGAGAGCCCGGAAAGCCGGGAAUCCCAGGAGAUGCAGGGCCACAGGGCCUGCCCGGGUCACCUGGGCAGCCAGGCCUGAAAGGAGAGGUGGGAGACAAGGGGGACAGAGGGCUCCCCGGGCAAGUCGGGAUGCCGGGUCUUCCUGGCAAGAAGGGUGAAUCGGGACCCCCUGGGGAGCUGGGACCAGUGGGACUGCGUGGACCGGAGGGAGACGCUGGCGAACAAGGCCUUUCGGGACCCUUAGGUCUCCCCGGCCCGGCUGGCCCCAAAGGUGAUUCUGGCCUGCAAGGGCUACCGGGGCCCCCUGGCCUCCCUGGGGCCAAAGGAGAAAAGGGAUCGACUGGCGAGGCUGGAGCCAAAGGAGCCCAGGGCAACCCAGGAUUGGAGGGCAUUCAGGGAGAGAAAGGAGGACAGGGAGGUCCUGGUGACGUUGGGCCCAAGGGUGAUAUUGGAAUCCCCGGGGAGCAAGGCCCACGUGGACCCAAUGGCCUUCGGGGUGUCCCAGGCCUGGACGGGCCGCCGGGCCCACCCGGUCCCCGCGGCCUGCAGGGAGACCGUGGAGUGACGGGCCUGCCGGGACGGCAAGGAGAUCCUGGUAAAGAACCAGGAGACCAGCACAUUAGGGACGUCUGCAUGAGGAUACUCCAGGAGCAACUGGCACAGCUGGCCGCCAGCAUCCGGAGACCGGAGGCGGGCGGCAUGGGCCCUCCCGGCCGCCCGGGGCCUCCCGGUCCUUCCGGCUCUCCGGGCUCAAGUGGCCUUCCUGGGCAGCCUGGCACGCGUGGUCUUCCCGGCCUGAAGGGCCCCCCCGGCGUCAUCGGCAACACUGGGCCCAAGGGCGACCAAGGAGACAAAGGAGACAAGGGGGAGGCAGGACGUGGACCUCGAGGAAUGCAGGGACCACCAGGACCUCAAGGGGAGCCGGGACGGCCUGGAUACGGCAAGGACGGGCGCGACGGGGAGCGGGGCCCUCCAGGACAGCCUGGGGAGGUUGGGCGGCCAGGGUCCCCGGGCCCCUUCGGGCCACCCGGAUUCUGCGAUCCAGUUUCCUGCAUCGGGCCGGCCGCCUACCAGGGCGUCGCGUCGGACACGAAAGGACCGUGAAGACGGCAAGUGGCGUAACCACCAUCAUCAACGCAACAACCGCCACCGCCACCAUCAUCAUCUUCUCUCCUUUCCGAAAAAGGGCCACUCAGCCGACAUCAGUGGUGGCCCCGUUACCGAUGGAUGUGUGCGUCGUUGUCCUCGUCGCCAUCAUCGUUGACAAGAAAAAAUUACGUGCAAAUAAAAUGAAGGAUAAGACCCUUGGUUGUUGUUAAAGCAAAAACAAAGUUGGUAUUUGUUGUUUCAAUACCGUCGGCGGAUGGUGUUAGUUGUUGAAUAAUGUGCACAUUUGUAAUGUGACAAUUUGGAUUUUUUUCCCCCUUCUGUUCGGCAAUGCUUUAUCAGCCUGAGUGAUGUCUGUCAACAACUUUGACGUGCUUUUUUUGUCAUAAAUAUUAUGAUCCCAUUUAAAUGAUUUUAUUUGGGCUCGCUCACUAUCCCACUCUUGUUUCAUGCUUCAUUGCCUCGUCAUGCAGAGAUGUACACCUAACGCUGUCUCCUUGACAAUUAUUUUUUAAAGUAUUUUUUUUGUAAUUGAUUAAAGUGUACCAGUCUUCUGAUUAUGACCUGAGCGGUGAAAUCGUAAUUAUGCAUUAUCUACUAUACUUGAUAAACGUUUUUUUCCCCCCCAAAAAAAGUUAAGAGGUGCUACAUUUUACGGUGCGGCUGAAGUACGUGGACACUUAGCCAGACUUUGUUUUUUUUUUGUUAUCCGAGAACUGUCCUCAAAACUUGCAUCCUUAACCUCAUCAGUCGUUGAGAAGGUACUAUCAGGAGUGCUGCAUGGUUAUGUUAUUUAGCUGCGUGGACAUUUUUGGAAGUUGCGCCACACUAGUCCUGAAUUUGCCACUCAGAUUGCCACUGCACACCCCCCUUUCCCUCUUCCUGCAACCAGACCUAAACUCUCCCCAGCGAAACCACAACACCACACUCAUGGCCAACCCAAGCUACUGUGUGGGCAUUAAGCCCGUGUGUGCACACUCUGGAGAUCUGAAUUUGUAUACACGAGCCAAAAGCAAUAUACUCGUCAUGGCCCACCCACACGAAAAACGUGCACACGCAUCGCAAACACACGCGCGCACACAAGCAUUCCUUUUGAACUCGGUGCUUUAAAACAAAAAUAAUCACAGCAAGUGUGCUUCGGUAACUGAAGAUGUAAAUUAAGAAAAAAUAAAAACUUACAUUUUUCCAUUCAUUUGCCUAAAAGUGUACAUACAAAUAUCACGUGCAGUAUUCGGGAAUCCCUGUUGUUGUGCUUUUAUGUAUUUUGGUUUACGCAAACAAAAGAAGGCAUGGUUCAGAGUUUACCGAUAAACAUUGAGAGCAACAUUUGAUGUGAAAUCGAGUUGCACUUGACGUUUGUACUCGAGGGGCGACGUUCAAUAAAACAUGGCUGAGUAUUCAACUGAGAGCUGACAUCGGCAUUUAAACCACAAACACGUUCAAAAUACACACACACAGGCCUGACAUUGCAUUGGUUGAAUCGUGUCUUCAUAGUUCCAUUUCAUAGUUCAUAGUUCCAUUUAUUUGGUAUAGCCCUGUGAACUAUUCGGCUCUUGAAUCGGGUGCAACCGCAACAAACAAAAACAUGAACAAGAAAACAUCUUUAAGUGACUAUGUCUUGAGUAUUGAUCACAAAGCCUUCAAAGUAUUGUCGAGGACCAUGACCGUCACUGUGUUUCCAUUAAAGAAGUCUGGAGAAAGGACGAAUCAGUGAAGUCCAUCGUGUUAAUGGAAUGACGAGAUGAGUUCGUGUGCAGAGGCUAGAUGGAUUGUUACAUCGCGUGACCGUGAGGGCGAUGGCUUUGGGAGGCCUUCAUCCAGCAGUGGCUAGAUCACGGAUGAUGACAAAUCACAAAUGUCUACUUGGAAACCCAUUGUAUAUGUCCUGGUCUUGAGUGAGAUAAAUUGUUUGAUGGAUA